AUGCCUCUUUCUUAUCAGGCUUCAAGCAGCAGUCGUCACCCCUCGGAGCCGGAGCAGUCUUGGGAUGCUCGAAGCACAUUCUCAGCGCCUUCAACGCGCCUUCCGCAGUCUUCCCGCCAAGGACGGCCAAAUCUCCCAUCGGCAUCCCAGCCUAGACAACCACAUUCCUCCGCUCAUUCUAUCUAUUCGUCGGGCUCGCGCUCGCACUCUCAUCACCCUGAUGAGCCACCGUCGGUUUCAGCGCCUACGCGCGUGCUGACUGCCCUCGACUCCACCGUGUCCCCUAAAACCCUCACAACCCCACGCAAAGCGUUCAUGUCUUCUCAGUCGUCGCUCGGCUCCGACGAUCGCUCGAGCGAUACACAGCACCGCUCCUCUCCUCGCUCCAGCACAUCAGCGAUAAGCAAGAUCGCCUCUGCGUUCUCCCGCUCGUCAAAGUCAAAAUCCAUGCGCGCGAGCGUAUCGCCCACUGUCCAGAAACCGCCGUCGGAUAUCAAGUCGUCCAUAUCUGGCCCCACCACCACCGGCACCGCCGCCCCUAGGCGCCCCAACACGGCGCCGCAGGCACCGUCGCUGAUGACCCGGCCGAGGACCGCACCAAGUUCGCCUGCGUCGCCUUCGCGGUCUCAGUUCGCGAGCCAGUUCCACGCCCGGAUGAACUUCCCCGUGUCGCCCGCCGAGAGGGAUACGUCAUACCAGACGUCACCACCUCGCGACCAUGCAGAAGAGCAGGAGCCCAGCAGCCCGCGUGGGCUCGCGCUCAAGACGCUCCUCAGCAAGCCUGCGAUUCCGUCGUCGUCCGUCGCAUCGCUCCAUUCUAUGCAGUCGGAUACCGACAACGGCUCGCGGACGCCGAUGGUGCCGCCUGCGCCGCCGCCAUACAUGCACAACAGGGGCGCACGUAAGAUGAGUGCGCCGAGCAUUGACGUUGCGGCGACGCCGCAGCCGCAGGGGCGGCGGGUAAAUGCCGCUGAUGCGGAUAUCCGCCCUCCCGCCGCGCCGUACAUGUCGGAGCGCCACUCGCCUAGCCUCGAGUCCCUGGACGUAAUGUGGAAGCCGCAGCAGCCGCAGGGGUCGUCUGUCGAGGCCAGGCAGCGCAAUGUGCUGAAGAGGAGGCCGAGCGGGAGUGCGAGGGCUGUGAAGACUACAGAGAGCAAGGAGGUCGUGAAGGAGCGGGAGCUGAAGGAUGCGAGUGCGAGGGUGUUGAGGGGCGUUACGAGUAUGGAGAAGGUUCGGGAUGCGGACGAUGGCGUUGUCGCUGGCGGCGGCGGUGGAUGGGGGUCGGGGCGGACGAAGCGAUCAUUCUCGAUGAAGACGGUGUCGCCGCCUUCCACGUCGGUUACCGCGCAGUCGUCCUCGGAGAAGUUCAGCUCGCUCGGCCAUUCGAGCUCGAUGUCGCAAACACCGCAAACACCGCAGCACCGGGAGAAGGCGGAUCGCGCACCACCGCCCGCGGCGCUCAAUCUGACGCCCGCGGGCGAGGUCGCGCAGGCGUACAAGCAGCAGCGGCUGUCCCCGUUCCCGCGUAGCCGCGCGAGCGCCCCUGCGAGCCCGUCUAUGAAGAAGCCGACGCCGCCGACGAGCCCGCACGUGUCAGUGCACUCGGGCGAGCGGUCGCCUGCGCCGUAUUAUACGGUCUAUGGCAACAACUCGGGCAAGACGAUACGUGCGGGAGGCCCGGAGGAUAGGUGGAGUGGUGUUGAGCGGAUUAUUCAGUCGACUGUUACUAUUUCUGCGGGUGUGGGUGUGGGCAAGACGGCGGCGGAGAAGGAGAAGGAAAGGAGGGAGGAGGGGGAGGGUGCGAGGAGUCUCACGAGGAAGGUGUCGAAUCGGUGGAAGAAGGUUACGGGUGGUGGUGGUGUGGUCAAGGAUGAGUCGCCGCCCCGUCCGUCGACGCCCAGCUCGCAUUCGCGGUCAAAGAGCCAGAGGCCCAGUCUGCAGGAAAACCUUCCGCGCGGGCGCUCCACCAGCCAUUCGAUCGACGGAUAUCCCGAGACUCAUAAAGUUAAUGGUGGUGUUGGGGUGAAGCACGGGAGAGCAGAGACGGAUCCAACGACGGGGCUUGGGACGCCCUCGCGCACGAACGGGAAGGAGGAGACGAACGGGAAACUGUGGAAGCUUAUGAAGCGCAUCAGCACGGGUGCGCUGCGCGAUCGCUUUCAGGCGGAGAAGACGCCGCCGCCCGUCCCGUCGAUCCCGAAGGAGUACCUCGACAGUGUGCACUCCAACGGGGCAAACAGUGCGCCGACUACGCGGUCGUUCGACAGGCCGUCGACGGCGCAGAAUGGGUUGUCGCGGCCUGGGAUCGGGAUUGUGACGUCCCCGCUGACGACCUCGCCUCCGCCUUCGGCUAUCCCUGCGUAUGGGAGGACGAAGCGGCCCUCGACGGCACCAAAGACCAUAGGUGGGACCCCGGCCCGACCGAGCUUCACGACGUCGUCCUCGCCUAAUUCAUCAGACGUCGCGUCGAGCAAGUUCUUCAACCGCACGCACUCGGCGAGGUCAUCGGUCUCAUCGUAUGGCGAAGAGCUUCCACCGCCCGUUCCUGGUAGCUCGAUGUCUGCGUCUGGCCACGAGACGGCCCGCCACAUCAUGCCCCCGCACGAGCUGCUCCGCAUCGCGACGCGGGACGAGGAGGAGCGCAAGGCGCUCGACGGCGCCGCUUCCAAUCGUUCGCGCGAUCGCUCGCCACGCCGCACGAUUUCAAGCCCGUCGGAGGUCAUCGCGCCCUUCAAGCGUGGUAAUCAGCGCGAUCUGUCGCCCAUGCCCAUUACCAUCCCGCGCAAGAGGGAGAACAAGGAUUCGACGCCCACCGGUUCGCCGACGUCCCCGUUGAUCCCGAAGUUUGACUGCGCGAAUGCGGUGAACUCAACUCAGUCGCUCAAGGACGAUACGGUCGCCUCGCCCAUCGGAUCUACCAACAGCGGAGAAAGAGGUACCGGAGGGCUUAAUCCGCCGCCGAGGCCUACGCGGAGCACACUGCGCCCCUCGGGCACGUUCGGGCGCACGUUUGGCAGGGAUAACAGCGGCUCCCCGGAGGAUGGCAAGCGGGACACUUUGAAGUUGGAGCGCCCCGACAGCCGCAGCGACUCGAAGCGUGGCUCCAACUGCACCGUGCGCAGUCGCACCAAGUCUGAGGGCGCCUCGAUGCGCGGCGAGCGUGAGACGUCCAAAAAGACGCCGCUCACGUUCCGCCCGCUGGACGAUUCGUCGCGCAAGCCGCCGCUGAGCGAGAAGGAGAAGGCGGAUAUCUGGGAUGAUCUACUCGAGCGCAGUGCGCAGGCGGGCGGGACGCUCCAUAUCGGCGGUGGCGGGCUCAUGUCGGACGAUAUGCGCCUCUCGCGGGCGAUGUCGUCGCGCAUGUCGAAUUAUUCGGAACUGGCUUAG